AUGAAUUGCACAUGUGAGACGGCGUUCCUCCUCGAAGACGAAUAUUUUUCCUACGAUUAUACUAACACGAUACCCAAAUGUGCUGCUCCCCCGAAUCUGAAGGGACGACCGUUUACAAAGGUCGCGCAAGCAGAUGCAUGUCCAGUAAAAGCACGUGCUGAGAAGAGUAGUCGAAUGGCAGGGGUAUUCAUGAUGCUCUUAAUCUUAGUAUUCUGCACGAUUGGAGUCUACUACUGCAUAGUGAAUAAAAAAUACGAAGUAUUCGUAAAGCGUAUUCAACAUCCACCUCUAUCAUAUUCAAAUCUUUCCAACAAAGAUGAUCAACAGGGACUUGAGCAAGAUUUCCAGCAACGACCAGAAGAUGUCUAG